AUGACCUUGGAGCGCCGUGCGUACCUUGACGGCUCUGACCUAGGUCAACGGGCUCGUCCUGUCGAGACGACCUCACUGCAGCCACAAGACUGUGCUGAUGCGCGUGCGGCAGCUGAUGCCCAGAAGAGGCGCGCAGCCGCACCGAAGAAGGCAGCAGAGGCCUUCCAAGGGGCCUUCGGCGCCACUUCCGGGUCAGUCGGACCGCAAAGUGAGGCUCCCGGCUUGCCCGAGAGGCGGCUCCGGCGCUCUCCUCGACCUACAGAUGAGUCUGCCGCCGGCUUCUGUCGGCCAUCGGCACAUCCCCUGCCGGGAGGACAAGUAUCGGACAUCGAUGGUCGCGGUCACCGCCGCACGCUGGCGAAGGCCAAGAGCAAGCCAGAGAAGACGCUCAAGCGUCACGAUCGUCACAACGAUGUGAAAAUUAGCCGUGAACAGGCGCAGGGCGACUUCCAAGGCAGAGCGUUCUUUGACCAAAUCGUGCGAGCAGAGCACUACGCCAAUCUGAUUGGGAGAUCAGAAAAAUUGGCGAACCUCUCCGAGCACCUGAUGUCGGUGCCAGAAGACGAUGACUUCCCCGACGAGAGGAUUCCAAGAAGCGAGCCCGACCAUCUCACUGUCGAAAUUGGGGACCAGGCACCGCUUCCCACGUUGCUCGGCUCUCCACGUGGACCGCAGCAGGAAGAAGACAAGGGAAAUGCCCAGCCGUCGUUCGACCCGCGCUAUUCCUCUUCCAAAUCGCUGGCGGGAAAGUGCAGAUCGUUGAAGGCAUCCAUCUCGAACAUCGCACAGGAGUCCACCUCCUUCGGGCGACUCCUUCGCGAAGCCCAGUCAGCUCUCGAGGCUGCGGGCUCCACCUCUCAGUCCCAGGUCAUGGCCAGGACGAGGCUUCUGCAUCAGCAGCUGGAUCACCUGGAAGCUAAGACGCGGUCUCUCACUGCCGCAGCCCAGAUCGAUAGGCGACCAGGCGAACCAGCAGCGACACCGAGAACUGCACCAGCAGAAGACCUGGAGACCUGCAAGGUUUGGAAGCAGCAGCGGCGCGACCAUUUUGACUUGAUCAAAAGAGGCACCGGGUGGCGUACCAUGCCAAGCACCUCGCAGGUGUGA